AUGAAUAUGUUGGAUGAUGAAGAUGACCAAAUCUUUCACGCUACGCGUGACGGCUACUCCCAUUUGAGCGAUGUCAAAUGGGAUGCGGUUGAACGAAUGGGUUCAACCAUGGGCAUCCAUGCUGUUAGCGUCAUGCUAGAGGCUCUCAAUAGAGAUGCCCAACAUGCUACUAUCGCCAAGUUCAUUCAAAAUGAACUUGACGCAGAACGCGAGAAAGUAGCCUUGCUUCACCAACUAGGUUCUCAACAAUCAGAGUUGUUGAGAGAACAGGGUGCUCAACAGUUUGAACUGUUGAGACAGCAGCAGGCUGCUGCUGGUGGGUCGAUGCACUCGCGUCGACCCGAAACCUUGAAGAUUGACAUCUCCAAGUAUAGGGGAGUCGAAGAGGACUCCCUCUUGAGAUGCUUCGUCGAAUUGGAUGACGCCAUAAGGGCGCGUCGCAUCGACGACGGGGAUAUGCAAGUUGCAUUUGCCCAGUCAAAUCUGGCAGGACGUGCCAAGGCUUGGGCACUGGGGCUCAAGUUGCACGACCCAUAUGCGUUUGGGUCGUUGGAAGUCUUCAAGUCGCGGCUCAGACAAACGUUUGAACCGCCUAGAGCUGAGUUCAGAUCUCGAACCGAACUCUUGAAGCUCAAACAGGGUAAGCGUGAUGUGCACGCUUACGCACAACAUAUACGACACCUCACGAGUUGUAUAAGUUCCAACCCGGUUUAA